CGGGUGUGUGUUUCCGGCAUCGGCGGCCGCGGCCAGGGACGGUGUAAGAGCGGUAAGAUGACGGCAGCGGCGGUGGUAGAGUUCCAGAGAGCCCAGUCUCUACUCAGCACUGACCGGGAGGCCUCCAUCGACAUCCUCCACUCCAUCGUGAAGCGUGACAUUCAGAAAAAUGAUGAGGAGACAGUACAGGUCAAAGAGCAGAGUAUCCUGGAACUGGGGUCUCUCCUGGCCAAGACUGGACAAGCUGCAGAGCUUGGAGGACUCCUGAAGUAUGUACGACCCUUCUUGAAUUCCAUCAGCAAAGCUAAAGCAGCCCGACUGGUCCGGCCUCUUCUUGAUCUCUUUCUUGAUAUGGAAGCAGCUACAGGUCAAGAGGUCGAGUUGUGUUUAGAGUGCAUUGAGUGGGCCAAAUCAGAGAAAAGAACUUUCUUACGCCAAGCUUUGGAGGCAAGACUAGUGUCUUUGUACUUUGAUACCAAGAGGUACCAGGAAGCAUUGCAUUUGGGUUCUCAGUUGCUGCGGGAGUUAAAAAAGGUGGAUGACAAAGCCCUCCUAGUGGAAGUACAGCUUUUAGAAAGCAAAACCUACCAUGCUUUGAGCAACCUGCCGAAAGCCCGAGCUGCCUUAAUCUCUGCUCGAACCACAGCAAAUGCCAUCUACUGCCCCUCUAAAUUGCAGGCCACCUUGGACAUGCAGUCAGGUAUUAUCCAUGCAGCAAAGGAGAAGGACUGGAAAACUGCGUACUCAUAUUUCUAUGAGGCAUUUGAGGGUUACGACUCCAUUGAUAGCCCCAAGGCCAUCACAUCUCUGAAGUACAUGUUGCUGUGCAAAAUCAUGCUCAACACCCCAGAAGAUGUCCAGGCUUUGGUGAGCGGGAAGCUUCAGACACAUGAAGAAAUGUCCAAAAUCACUGGCAAUAAAGGAGAUUUAAAUAGAAACCACAAUGAAAUACCAGUUUAUCCAGUAGCAGUGGCAAAGAGAGCAGGCUUUAUGUUUUGUCAUCUUGAAUAUUUUAAUACUUUAAUGGUCUUGAAUGUGUGUAGUCAUACAGGACAGAGCUUAACAUGUGGGAACGGAUCCCAAGCCCCACCAGACAGCCAGCCCCGCCGGACUGCAAGUCCUGUGUCCCUGUGGCAUGCCAGCCCCGUGCCCCCACGUCAGCUAAACAUCUGCAAACUGACUGAAGAACUCACACAAGACCACACAGAAGCAAGCCCUACUGGCACAAGCCAUACAGCUGCAAACUUAGUGAGGCCCUUGUGUAUGCCCACCUGUAAGCUAGCCCCACGAGGGGUCAACCACACAUCUAUCUGCAACUUGAGCAAGGUCCCAUGCAUCCCCACCCGGACAGGUAGCCGCUCCAGUCAUGAUCAAGAUAUCUACAAACUGAGUGAGUUCCUUACAAAGGCCCACCCAGGCAGGUAG